AUGAAGAAAUUUCUUCAGAACAAGAGAGGGAGAUAUUCUUUGCGCCAGAACAAGCCUGGCACUCGAUAUGGAGCCAAAGAUUUCUUUCUCACAAUGCCAACAUCUAACCAAGGUUGGCCAGAGGACUUUGGCUUUCAAUUAGGGGGAAAUGGGCCCAGCUAUAUUUUGUCUGUGGAGGAGGGCAGCAGUGCCCAUUUGUCAGGGCUUCAGCCAGGAGACCAGGUGCUGGAGAUUGAAGGGCAGAAUGUCUCCACGCUGGGAACACAGGCCCUCAUUGCCCUCGCUCAAUCCCAGAAAAACAUCCCACCGAGUAUUGGAGUGGUCUCACGCAUCCAACAGAUGGACAUCACUCCAGGCCCAGAUGGCCGCUUUGGCUUCACUAUCGUGGGAGACUGCCCCUUGCUGGUGGAGGACUGUUCUCCCUGCUCUCCAGCUGGACGGAGUGGUCUGAGGGCAGGAGAUUAUGUCAUGGAGGUAAAUGGAAUCCCCGUGAAGGAGCAUGAGAUGGCCGCAGCUUUGAUCAAGGCGUCUCAGGGCCGAACCUUGCGCCUGGGAGUCCUCUGCCUGGGAAAUCGACAGAAGCGCAGCAGUGGAAGCACAGAGGAAUCCCAGAAAGGAAAUGAAGAUAUGCGACUAGACCGCAAACAAAAGGCCCUGGAAUUCAACAAGAGGAUUGAUGAGGUCCUGGAACACGAACCUGAGAUAAAAGAGAAGCUGUUUGCUGCACUGAAGCAGUAUGCUGCAGAGAGGAAAGUUGAUUGGCUGGCAUCUGUUCUCCCUGAAAUCUUGACCAAUGAGGAACAUCAGCAGCUCAUCUCUAACAUCAGGAUUUUCAUUCCCAAGAAGCACCGGCAGCGUUUCGACGAUGUCGUUUCCCAGAGCCUCAUCAACCGGAUGUGCCGCAGUAAGAGCCUGAGCGAACCGGGCCAGAGCCGCCUGCGUCGCAGCCGCAGCCAGGACCACCACGAGCGACCACGGGGGUCCAAACGGGCCAGCUCGGUGCCGCGGGACAACGGAGAGGACGCCGCGGCGCCGGAGCGCAACCUUAGGAAGAGCACAUCCACGGUCCCCAGUCAUCCAGCCACUGGAGCCAACCAGAGGACCAUACGGGUAUACCGAGGGAAGAAAAGCUUUGGGUUUACUCUGAGAGGCCAUGCCCCUGUCUGCAUUGACUCUGUCAUUCCAGGUAGCCCUGCGGAGGCAUGUGGUCUUAAGCCUGGGGAUCGCAUUCUGUUUCUCAAUGGACUGGACAUGAGGAACUGCUCCCAUGAGAAGGUGGUGUCUAUGCUGCAGGGAAGUGGGGCCAUGCCUACACUUGUGGUGGAGGAUGGGCCGGCUUCAUAUCCAGUGUCAGACUCUGAACCGGAGGAGACUCCGCCACUGCCCCGCUCCCGCUCCCCAGCGCUCAGCUCACUGCAGUGGGUGGCGGAAAUCUUGCCCCCCAGCAUCCGCGUCCACGGACGCACCUUUAGCCAACAGCUGGAGCACCUGCUUACGCUGCAGGAGAGAUAUACUGUCUGCAAAGCUCUGGAGACGUUCUUUCAGCACAGGAAUGUGGACACACUUAUUGUAGACGUGUAUCCAGUGUUAGACACACCUGCCAAGCAGCUGAUCUGGCAGUUCAUCUACCAACUGCUAACCUAUGAUGAGCAGGAGCACUGCCAAAGCAAGAUCUCGCGUUUCCUCGGCUUCAAGGCUUCAGAGCCCGAGCUGGGACCAGGACCAGAGAACCACAGGCGUAGCAGCUCCAUGAGGGUUUCGGGCACAUCUCACAGAAACAGUGUGAGAGAGAGGAGCUUUGAUGACUGUAUCAUCGGCACGCAUUUGGGAAUGGGGACUUUCACUGAACCUGUUGGUGGGACCCCUGGAGAGAGACAGUGUGGGGACGGAACCUCCUUCCCUGAGUCCCCUGACCUCAAAAACAUGUCAGGGGUGUACACGGAGCUGGAGAGUAUGUAUGCAGGGAAGAGCGGCAAGUCUCUCCAAAGUGGCUCCUCACCUGGAGCUGACGGCCAUGCAAACACCUGCUCACUUACACACGGUAACACAGGGAACCGUAAAUCGGGGCUAUCUCUGUCCUGGAAGGAGUCUUUCCCAGGUCCUCAGUUUGACAUGUACCAGCCAACCGUGCCCUCUCCGGACGGUGUGGAUUCCAACCCUUAUGUGAGUUUAGACAGCCCCGCUCUAUCUCCUCAACACCCCGAAGAGCUGCCCAGCCCCCUGUCCCGUCGCAAGAAGCUUUUUACCUUCUCGAGACCCCCGCGCAGCCGAGACACCGACAAGUUCCUGGAUGCCCUCAGUGAACAGCUGGGUCACCGUGUUACCAUUGUAGAUGAUUAUGUAGGAGCCGAAAACGACUACGAGGAGAUGAGUUUCCAGGAUGAUCAGGAGGUAAAUAUGUUGCCUCACGAGUUGAGUAGCGCCAGCAGCGAGGACCACAGUAGCAGUGAGGACACCACGUCACUUACCUACUCCUCUGGCUCUGACCACAUUCCUCCUCCGCCCCGAAGCCCCCCUCCCCCACCCCCACCUCUCCAGUUCACCGACCCGCCCUCCCCAAUCUGCCUCACGCCGGAGCAUAUGCCUCAGCCCCCGCCGGCUUUCCAGAAUCAUCCCAUUAUUCCCCCGCCUCCGCCUCCACCUCGCUCCUUCCUCACCAACCGGCCCUCCCUUCACAAAGUGCUGCCCACCAGGGCGGAGCUUCAGACUCAACACGCCCACCUCCGUCGCGCGUCCCCUCAGCCCCAAGCUCAACCCAGCCACCAGCCACACCACAAAGGCCACCCCAUCCUCCAGUCGUCUCCUCACACGUCCCCGCAGCCCCCGCAUCCGACGCAGCACGCGCACCUCCAUCAGCAGACGCACCUGACCCAUCAGAGUCAGCAGAGUCCUCCAACCAGGACCUCGCCCCAUCAGCCCAAACCUCACAGCCAGUCUACCACCCAGGUGUAUGAAAGCACGCUCCAAAACAAGAUCCCCCCACCGCCCCCACCACCCCUGCCACCUCCCUGCGACCCCCCUCCUCUACCCAAAUCCAGCCCCAGUGCCUCAGACUCCAACCACAUGAGCGUGAAGAGACUGCGCUGGGAACAGGUUGAGAACUCAGAGGGCACCAUCUGGGGACAGCUUGGAGAGGACCCGGAUUCUGAUAAACUGAGCGAUAUGGUCAAGUACCUUGAUUUGGACCUGCACUUUGGUACACACAGGAGUUCCAUCUCUUUUCCAGAGCCCACCUUCCUGCCCGAGAGCUUUAAAAAGAAAGACGUGGUCGAGAUUCUCUCCCACAAAAAGGCCUACAAUGCUUCCAUCCUCAUAGCGCACCUGAAGCUGUCUCCAGCAGAACUUCGAAAGGUUCUGUUGACUAUGAGCACAGAUCGUCUAGAACCCUCACAUAUCAAGCAACUGCUGCUCUACGCCCCAAAUGACGAUGAAGUUAAACAGUUCCAGCAAUAUAACCAGGACCCAGCCAAACUGAGUGAACCUGACCAGUUUGUCCUACAGAUGUUGUUAGUGCCAGAGUAUAAAACCAGACUCCGGAGUCUCCAUUUUAAGACCACCCUGCAGGAGAAAUCAGAGGAAAUGAGAGCAGGAUAUGAGUGUAUCUACAAGGCCUCCUCAGAGCUGAAAAACAGCAAGAAACUGGCAAAGAUCCUAGAGUUUGUUCUGGCAAUGGGGAAUUACCUGAACAAUGGCCAGCCCAAAUCAAACAAAACAACUGGGUUUAAAAUCAACUUUCUCACUGAGCUUAGCACAACAAAAACAGUGGAUGGGAAGUCAACCUUCCUGCAUAUUCUAGCCAAAUCAUUAUGCCAACACUUCCCAGAGCUUCUGAACUUUGCCAGGGACCUUCCUACUGUACCACACGCUGCCAAAGUCAACCAGAAGAACAUUACUGCUGACCUCAGUGACCUUCAGUCCACAAUUCAGGAAAUCAGAACAGCUUGUGUUCAGAUGCCAGCCACAGCAGAGGAUCGCUUUUCAGUAGUCAUGAGUAGCUUCCUGGAGAACUGCCAUCCAGCGGUACAGUCACUGGAUUCCUUGCAGCAGAGAGCAAUGGAGGAGUUUGGCAAAGUGGCCUCUUACUUUGGCGAGGACAGCAAAGCUACAACUACAGAGACCUUUUUUGGCAUCUUUGCGGAGUUUAUGUCCAAAUUUGAGAGGGCGUUAAAUGAGACACAGGUCACAGAAAACCCCAGAAGCCCCCGGAUCGCCUCACCACUGGCCUGGUGA